AUGGGGUACUUUCGGAUUAACUGCUCCUUCGCGUAUCAAUCACAAGACAUUGACCUGAAUGAUUGGCUCUCUAUUUUCACCCUUUGCCUUUCACCACUCAUCGCGCAUCUCAUCGGCGGAGUGCCCACCGCGACUUAUCUAUGCGAAUCUCGGCCACACUGGCAUGACCGUAUCACGCAUUAUAACCCUACUUCAAUCGUAUGGCGCUACUUUGCCAUCGCAGACCGGAGACUGCGCACAAAAUUGUGGACAUCUUCUGACCUAGCCGCCACCGGCGCUCUGUUUUGGACCGCGAGGGGUUGGGAGGGCGGCGAAGACAUGGUUCAACGAAGCCGCACACACAAGAUCCCAGGGUCCAACCGCACUCACGUCGAUAUUCUGUCAUCAAGCACAUUUAAAACUACUGUGGUGACAUUACAGGGUAUCCAGGCGAUCUACGUGCUCAUAGGGAGUGGGGAAUUCGGAACGUUUGAGAACUAUCUGGCUCUGAACAGGAUCUUUUUCCCUCUCGCCAUAUUUGGUCUUUUAAGACUUCCCGACGCUCUGUGGUUGUCGGAUGAGGUAUUCUACCGCAGCAACGACCCAGCGUCCGAAAUUGCCAAGCAUCCUCUCAGGCCGCCGAUACUCAACCUCGCGCAUACCGAAUCCGAGCCGCUGGACUUGUCGGACGAGACGAUUUUCAAACGCUACCAUGCACCGCACUCCUGGCGCGGAAUACUCAUACGUGCCUUCUGGAUGAUGAUAAUCGCAGCCCUUGUAGCCGCUGCUGUUUUACAGAUAUAUCCACAUCCGAGCGACUUGAAUUUCACCUUAACAUCAUUCAGUGUCGUGCUAUUUUAUCUACUGUUCUUAACCAUAACGUUUGUCAUCAUAACCACGUACAAUCUUCGCGGAUCAACGAGCACAACAAUACCAUGCAUUAAUCAGGGAUGGUAUAAACAGUACACCUUCAUCCUGUUCCUCUGGAUGCUUGUUAUGACCAUCAUCGCAGCCCUGGGAACAAGGAAAAUGCGAUGCGGUUAUUGGACGUCGUGGCCGCCGGAGUAUGAUGAUUUGUUAUGUCCAUAUUCCGUCCCUGUUUCUGCAACACCAGCGAACGAUACUUUUUCUGGAUUGUUGGGAACGACACGCAGCGGUACCACUGUCGUGGGGAUGUUCGAUGGAUGGUGUCAAGGCAAGUCGAGCUGGGGCGUAGUCAAUCUCACGAGCAGCGGCAUUCUCCAGUAG